CAAUAGGCGUAGUCCCCUCGAUCCAAAUACAACUAUCCAGAUCUGAUUUUGUACCAGUUUUUAGAUGACCUUGAGCACAUCAAGCCGGAUCUAAAAACAGAUUAAAACAUAAGGACUAGAGUCACUUGAGUCCACUUCAUUGGUUAAAUGAAUGAGAUUUUGGACGACAUGGCAGAUGAUUAACCCUUUCCUGUCCCUGACGCACUAGUUUAGAUGCUUCACAUCGCAGUCCUGCAUCGCUCAUCUGUUCAGUCAAAUCAUUCAAUUAAUUUAGGAUUGAUGUCCAAAAAUUUUCUUGAAACAGGUGCUGUAAACCUCAACCCUCUUGAAGCUUUCCAUGGAUAGAUCUACACUUGCCCAACAGGUGGAGAGCGUUGAGCGCAAUACAGAAAUCUUGCAGCAGGAACAUCGGAUCCUCCUGAAUGGCCUUCGCCUGGAGAUACGAAAUCUGAAGAAACGUUGCAAUGGUCUUUCACUUCUUUCAUAUUACAAGAGUCAUGUUAAAGACCUCAGUUGUGAUCUAAGUCAAAGACCACCAGUAAGAAGCAGAGAAGAUGUUGAAAUAGAGGAAGCGUUGCUCCAGGCACGAUUAUUGGAGACAGAGCAACAUCUGGCCGAGCAGGAGACAUCACUGGUGGAGCUGCGGGCAAAGCUGCGUAGAAAGGGGGCGGCAGCGAGCGCGCUGCAGGUUCGUCUCAGAGAUGAAGAGCGACGAUUUCUCGAGGAGCUAAAACGGCGCAGUCAUAAGAUUACGGCUCUGAGUCGUGACCUCCGGAAGCAGACAGACGUUGCCGCACAACUCUCCUUCCAGCUGCAUUCUGCACACUUUCGUCUCUAUCACCAGGCAGAAGAUGAUGAGGAAGAAGAAGAAGAGGAAGAAGGAGGAACCAUGCAGGUACAAGAAUCAGAUUGGACCUCAACCUCUCCGUGUGGAUCUCCAGUAACAGCGGAAAGCACCCAUCAAAGCCGCGCUUCAGGAAGGAUGCGGAGGUCAGAGAGAGUGAGAGAAUGUGUGCCCCGUGAAAGGGUGCUUGGGCCAGAGGACCCUCGCCCUAUGCCUGACCCCGCCCUCUUCCUUUAUCCUUUCAGACAUAGCUUCCUCCCCUUGCACAGGUCACUCGGAGGACACUGGAGGGAAAGUGGCCUUUCGGAGACUCGAAUAAGUCGAUUCAAGGACCGACCAAUGAGGAAGGAUAUUGGACCCGAGACUACAGAAUUAUAGAGUAACGAGAUAGAUUUUGGACAUUUUAGUGCAUAUAUGCGGGUUUCAUGAGUCAAUUCUGAAAUCUCGUUAGAAGCUUUGUGACAAUAUUACAUAGAUCGCUCGUCCUGAAAUAUAAACAAAUCAAUAUGCUUAUUGUCUUAUUUUGCAAAUGCUGACACUUUCUAAAUUGUUAAAGCGACUUUAAAGAAAAGGCGUGAAACUUGAAAAGUUCUGGUGUACCUUUUCAAACUGCUGCGUUGUUAAAUGCAGAACCAUUCAAACAUCAUAGGGUUGUGUUUUUGUUCUCUCUGUCUCUAUUUUAAGAAAAGAAACAUGUACUUAGAAUAUUGU